CACACCCCACAGAGCCGCCCUGACAAGUACCUAACGGCAGAACCGGUGCUGUCAGUCACUGUGGAGAACACCACGCUGCCCUUUCUAGUAGAUACUGGUGCUACUGUAUCUACAAUAAAGACUGUGCCUAAGAACUCUUUAUCAUCUGACGUAAUAACGGUGACAGGUUUCUCUGGGGUGUCCAUUACUCUGCCAUAUACCAAACCACUUCCAACCACAGUGGGAAGACAGACUAUGAUGCACUCUUUUGUCUACUCUCCUGCAGUCCCGUCUAACCUCCUGGGGCGGGAUUUGCUGACCCGAAUGGGAGCCUCUAUUCUCUGCACACCAGACGGUCUGACAGUAACUUUUCCUGACGGCACGCAGAUACACUGUAACACCGCCUCUACCCUCUCCAGAGGCCAGUUCCUCAUACAGCCAGUAGGGGAGAAAGCUGCUGACAUCUAUUGGGGUUUAUUACGCAGUGAAACAGCAAAGCACGAGGGCAUCCUGUCGGCCUACCUCCAUUGGAAGCCCUGGAUUUCUCAGCUACACCCUUAUGUGACUCCUCCUGAUCCCCUACACGUAACCCUAUUCUAUGACAGGCAGAGUUCCGAAUGGUAUGAGAGUCAGUUUUCAGAACAGAUCGAGGGACAUGAAUGGACUAUUCACACUAACUGCAUUUAUGUGGCAAGAGUAGGGGUUGUAGCAGGAGUUGACCUUACAAACGAGCAACAGCAAUGGUACAUGAUGGGUGAAGAGGCGGCGCCUCACGUGUCGCUCGCCCUCCAUCCUGAUCAUCAGCCUAAAGAAUUAGGGACGAUCGUGAGAACAGCAUUAGCACAGACAGAUUGGCAGGCUUCAGCCGUGCCCCACGUGCACUAUUCACCUAAAGCCGAAAUUUACAAAAUUCAGAUCACUUGUAACGACACUGCCUUAUUGGAACAUGUUCAGGUCUCCAGACACCAUGGUAGGGAGAAAACUGAUCACCCCGACACAAGCACCAUGCUACAGGAUCUCCCUAACACCCUGUGGGCAACGGGACCCACGGACGUGGGUCUAGUCGAAUGUGAACCUAUUUCUUUCCAGCUUAAAUCUCCAGAACCGAUUUGGAUCAAACAGUACCCACACAAACCAAGGGCUGAAAUAGGCAUUGCAGAUACCAUUACUGGCUUGUUACAAAAGGGGGUCUUACAACCAUCCACCUCGCAGUGGAACACGCCUAUUCUUCCAAUCGAAAAGAAAAACACUGGUAAAUUUCGAAUGGCGCAUGACCUUAGGGCCAUCAACGCUGCACUGUCGACCGCCACUAUUCCAGUUCCCAACCCGUAUGUGGCUUUGACAAACCUUGAACCCCAACACCAGUGGUUCACUUGCAUUGAUCUGGCAAACGCUUUCUUUUGCCUUCCGCUAGCUGCGGAGUGCAGGGACAUCUUUUCGUUUACCUACCAAGGUCAGCAGCUGACUUACACCAGACUUCCCCAGGGUUUUGCUCUUUCACCGGGAAUUUUUAAUCACGUAUUAAAAGACAUGUUAGCAGACUGCGACCUGCCUCCUGACACCACCUUGAUUCAGUACGUGGACGACCUCCUACUCGCUGCCCCGACUGCCUCGCUUUGUUUGACGGCCACUCGUUCUGUGUUGGCGCACCUUGCAAAGAAGGGAUUCAAGGUUAGCAAGGAGAAAUUGCAAGUUGCACGCAGGGUAGUCUCAUUUUUGGGAAGACAGAUUUCGCAGAAAGGGUCAGGAUUAUCCACGCAGCACAGAGACACCAUCUUGCACCAUACAAAACCACUCACCGUCAAAGACAUGCUUUCCUUCCUAGGCCUUACUGGCUACAGCAGGAAUUACAUUCCUGACUACACCAGCCUCACAACACCCCUUAGGGACAUGAUCAGAGAACAUGGCAUGCGCAACCUCACUGCCCAGCUUAACUGGACGGCGCAGGCUGAAGAGGCCUUUAUCAAGUUAAAACAGAGCCUCGCGACGGCAUCAGAGCUCGCCAUUCCAGACUAUACUGCCCCGUUUUUUCUUGAUGUUUCUGGAACAAACCUCUGUGUAAACGGGGUAUUGUUCCAGAAAAAAGGGGGAGAGAGGAGAGUUCUGAUGUACGUCAGCACAAUGCUGGACAACAUGGAAAAACGCCACCCAACUUGCACACAACAAGUAGCUGGCAUUGCAAAAAUCAUUCAAAAAACAGCACACAUCGUCAUGGACCACCCUCUACACGUUCUAACAACACAUAGCGUAGUGGCAUAUGUUCAAUCCUCUGCAUUUACACUCACACCACUGCGUCAAAGACGCAUUUGCAACAUAUUGGAAGCACCAAACCUCACGUUCACACACGAAGGCAUCAACAUGGCAGAACAGAUAGGAUCAGGAGAACCCCACCAGUGCACAGAGAAAGUUCAGAAGGAGGAAAAGGUUAGAGAGGACUUACAAACAGAACCAUUGACAGACGCAAGACAGUUGUUCACUGACGGUUGUUGCUACAGACAUGACCAAAAUGGCUUGAUCUCCGCGUACGCAGUGGUAGAACAGACGGAACAGGGAACACGCAUACUGAAAGCAGAAAAACUCACAGGACCGCAAUCUGCUCAGAGGGCAGAAGUUGUAGCAGUCAUUGAGGCUCUCAGAAUCGGUCAGGGCCAGAACAUCAACAUUUACACUGACUCAGCGUAUGCGGUAGGAGCAGUACACGUAGAGCUACCACAGUGGUUAAGGACUGGUUUCCUCACAGCGGCCAACAAACCCAUUAAACAUGAAACGGAGAUGAAACAACUGACAGAAGCACUGAUGCUUCCGAAACGAGUUGCAGUAAUCAAAUGCAAGGGACAUGAUAAAAUGCAGAGUAGCACUAAAACAGGAAACGACGCGGCAGAUGCAGCAGCGAAACAAGCAGCAGGCUACAACCACAAUUUGGUAAUGCUGUGUGCAGAGACAGAGGCAGUGAAAACAACACACAACACUGACACCGGAUUAGAGCAGAUUAAACAGGAGCAAGACAAAGCCUCUCCACAGGAGAAAACAUUACUGAUAGCUAGAGGAUGCACAAACGUGCAGGGCAUGUGGAGAGGACCGGACGGCAGGUUAAUUCUGCCCCCUGGAAUCAGACAAACUGCCAUUGCAGAAGCACACGGAGUAGGACAUGUGGGAGUGGCGCAGAUGAUGCGAAAUUUGGAGCAUUGGUGGCAUCCAUUUUUGAAAGAUAUGUGCAGACACCAUGUGAACACAUGCGAGGAAUGCAUGCGUUACAACGCCAGGCCGACAGUCAAACCUCACCCAGGUCACUUCCCAUUGAUAGCAAAAACAGGUAGCGAAAUCAUCAUUGACUACACAGACAUGGUAAUGCCAGUCAGGGGCUUCCGGUACCUGCUGGUGUGCAUCGACGCCUAUUCAGGAUGGCCAGAGGCGGUCCCUACAAAGCGCGAAGAUAGCAAAACAGUGAUCAAAUUCUUAAUCAAUCAGUACAUUCCACGACACGGGUUCCCUGAGAAAGUAAGAUCAGAUAAUGGUACACAUUUCAAAAACAAAGAUCUCCAACAGGUUGAACAGUUGCUUGGGCUUAAGCACAAGUUCGGAACCGUGUACCAUCCCCAAUCACAGGGCAAGGUAGAAAGAAUGAAUCAGACUCUCAAGACUAAAUUGGGCAAAAUCUGUGCACAGACCAAAAUGACUUGGUUAGACGCCCUGCCCCUAGCACUCAUGUCUAUUAGAAGCUCGGUAAACCAGAGCACGGGAUUCACUCCCCAUGAGUUGACUACAGGAAGAGCAUUUCCUGGACCACCGACAAAACUGACAGGACUAGGACACGACUCUCAAACUCUAACUCCAAAGCAGUAUUUCCAUGAAUUACAGAGUCUCGUUGCAGCUUUCGCAGAACAAGUAGGCGAGCGAGCAGGAGGAAACGAAACGACAACGCCAGAGACUGAGUGGGUGUUACUGAGGGUCAUCAAGAGAAAGUGGACGGAGCCAAGGUGGACCGGACCCUACAAAGUCACGGAACGCACCUCCCAUGCUGGGCUGGAUGGUAAAGGUGACACCUGGUAUCAUUGGAGCCAAUGUGCAGCGGCUGACGCGCCAACCAGGUCACUGAAAGAAACACACAGGGCUCUGUGUGAAGACAACGCUGGAAAGACCACCAAUCAACAAGGGACAGAAUAAUUCCCUGGUGGCAAUAAGGGUGAGGUAGUCUAACCAAUAACCCUGAGAAGGGAAGGAGUGAAAUAGCGUCCUUCUCCAUCAAGUGGCGUGCCAAGCCACCAACCAGGAUCAUCGAGGAGUAUGAGGAAGUGAAGAAAUGAAUGAG